UUGAUGAGGGUCGUAUUGUUGGAGGGCAGCCAGCGAGUAUCGAUGAACAUCCGUACCAGGUAUCUCUUCGAUUUCACAAUCGUCACGUAUGCGGUGGCUCUAUCAUUAGCGAGCUAUGGGUCGUCACAGCUGCACACUGUGUCCAGAGCUUCUUUGUUCGAUCCAUUUCGAUCAAGGUAGGUACUUCCGACCUCACCGACACCAAUGCCACAGUGAUCAACGCGGCAGAAAUUAUCAUUCAUGAGAGGUAUGAGAGAAGAAGCGCGGAUUUUGACAUUGCUUUGAUUAAAUUAAGAAAGCCAUUGGUGUACAAUUCGCGAGUGGAACCAAUUCUAUUGGCGCCGUUAGCCGAUCAUUACAUGGCUGGUAGCAAGGCGAUGGUUACAGGUUGGGGAGCUUUGAGAAGCAACGGUCCACUGUCGACGAAAUUACGCAAAGUCCAAGUACCACUCGUUUCUAACGUCCAAUGUUCUCGAUUGUACAUGAACAGAAGGAUCACAUCGAGAAUGAUUUGCGCCGGUUACGUGAAUGUCGGUGGCAAGGAUGCGUGUCAGGGGGAUAGCGGCGGCCCAUUGGUGCAACACGACAAACUGAUCGGAAUUGUUUCGUGGGGGUUCGGUUGCGCGCGGCCAUCUUAUCCAGGCGUUUACACGCGUGUGACAGUUCUCCGAAGUUGGAUUACUGAGAAAACUGGUCUGUGAGCGUUUUGU